AUGGAGGCUUCAGGAUCCUCUUCUCAGUCUCAAGACAGCAGUCAACUCCACGGCGAAACAGAAGAUGGAGAGACUGAGUUUCACAAGCAAGAUGGGAAGGUCUGGGAGCGAUAUGACAGAGACAAGUCCUCCUCUUCCUCCUCCUCCUCUUCCUCCUCAUCAUCUUCCUCUUCCUCCUCAGCUAACCAAAGGGAUUUUUUUCUCCCAGGUGCUGAGCAUGGGGAACCAGAGGUGCUGAAGGACGAGCUUGAGGUCUAUGGAGGUCCUUCUGGGGAACUGGUACUCACUGGGGAGUCAGGACUCCGAAGAAGAGGCUCUGGCUCUGGAAGUGGAGAAGUGGAGACCUCUCAGUUAACAAGACUGAACAUAAAGAAAGAUGAUGAAUUCUUCCACUUCGUCCUCCUCUGCUUUUCCAUCGGAUCCCUGCUGGUGUGUUAUCAUUACUCCUCAGAUUGGUUCAUGUCCCUUGGGGUUGGCCUGCUCACCUUCGCCUCCCUGGAGACCAUCGGUAUCUACUUUGGGCUGGUGUUCCGGAUCCACAGUGUGCUGCAGGGCUUCAUCCCCCUCCUUCAGAAGUUCAGGCUGCCAGGGUUCAGGAGGACUGAUUGAGACUACUGCCUAAUGACUGAACCAGGCCCUAGAGUGACCACUGUAACCACUGCCAUACCCCUGAGCCUAGAAGACUGAGCAACA